AUGGCCGUCCAGUGUUUGCUGCUCUGCAGUCUUAUGAUGAUGACCGUUUCGGGCGCGCUGUACGAACGACCUUCGUACAUUCAUCCUUGCCGACGAAACGAUCCGGAGAUCAACAAAUGCAUUCGCAACUCGCUCAACUUCGUCAAGCCGUACGUCGCCCGGGGUCUGCCGGAACUGAAGACGCCCCCGCUGGAGCCGCUGCGUAUCGAAGAGCUGGCGAUGGAAAACAACGCUGGCGCAGUGCGGAUAAAGGCGCUGUUCACGGACAUCGUGGCGCUCGGUGCUGGCAACUACACCAUCAAGGAGGUGCGGAGUGACUUGAAGAAGCUGCGCAUCGACAUGAGCAUCGGCAUCCCGCGGGUUGAAACGCGCGGCAAGUAUGAGGUGAUCGGAAACGUGCUUCUACUCCCUGUGCGAUCGAACGGCGAGUUCUGGACCGAGUUCUCGGACAUUACUGCCAUCGCAAAAAUCUACGGCAAAGCGGUAGAACGGGAUGGAGAAUCGUUCAUGGGUAUUGAGAAGAUCACGGUCGAUUUCACCAUGAAGAACGCUCGCUUCAAGGUGAAGGAUCACGUCAACACGCAAAAUGUUCUCGGCGAGGCCAUCAACCAGUUCCUCAACCAGAACGCGAACGAGCUCAUCCAGGAGAUGAGACCGGCGGCUUCCCAGAGCAUCGGCAAGCUAUUCCGGAAGUUCCUGAACGAGGCCUUCACCAACCUGCCGACGCGGUUGUGGCUGCUGGAGGACUGAGCGCCCCUUCCUUUCCCGCCAUCCCACGUCUUCU